UCCACAGCAGCAGGACUGGUUCCUGAUCCUCUGAGGUCAUUCGGUCUUUAAACCAGGACGGCUGCUGCUCUGUAAUCUGAUCCUCUAUUAUUAACAAUGUGGGAAUCUUCAGGAAACUCGUUUCAGCUUUCAGCUCUGACGGUCUCAUCUCGGGUCCGAUCCGGUUCUCCAUGUCCAGUCGCAGCUUCUGGACUCACAUCUUCAUUUCUGGAAACAUCUGCUCCUCAUCCGAUUGCCUUGUUCCAGGUACAAGCUCCCGGACAAACCCCCGCAGACCAGCAUGUGCUAACCAGCUCAACGCCACAAUGCAUGCUGGGAGGAGAGACGAUGCAAGCGGCGCAGGAGCGGUUUCUCAUCAACAUGUUCUCGUCGUCUGGACUCCAGGAUCCAGACCCAGUCCAGGCUGAACCAGAAGGUAAACAUGGUGAAAGUGGAGCCGACAUCACACCUGCUGACGGCGACGUGUUGAUCCUUCACAGAGACCUGCCAGAGAGAGAGCAGCAGGUCUGCAUGGACCCGUGUUCACCUCCGGCUCCUCCUCCUCUACCUCCUCCUCUACCUCCUCCUCUACCUCCUCCUCUACCUCCUCCUCUACCUCCUCCUCUACCUCCUCCUCUACCCCAGCAAAUGAUCCUGACAGCAGCUGUCUCUGCAGCUCACCGCUCCCCCACAGGGUGGGCAGAACACGUCACACACCGAGGAGCGUGACAGCUAACCAGACUCGACAAACUCUAAAAAAGGUAAACGACCAAAUCCGGCUGUUUAAUACGAGCAGGUGACGCAGGUGACGAAGGUGACGCAGGUGACGAAGGUGACGCAGGUGACGCAGGUGACGCAGGUGACGAAGGUGACGCAGGUG